CAUACUUAUAAUUUAUUUUAAUGUGGUUAACGGUUUUCGUGAUCAGAGAAGCGACUAUUGAUACUUUGUAAUUAGCAAAUAAUCUUACCCGUUUGCUUGAGUAAAAAAAAAAAAAAAAAAAAAAAAAAGAAUAGGUGGAGAAUAAAAGCCAUUCAGAUGGGGCAGCUGAUAAACUUUUUUAAUGCUUCUAUUGCAGUUCAAGUGAGCUGCAUUGUAUUUUUUGUUUGUGUAUUUAUUAAUGACAGUGUGUUUUAGGAAAAGUUCACAAUAAACGGUUCCAGUCUGUUUUGUGGGAUGCUUUACAGACGUUUUACCGCGAACGUGGUUUUGUUAUAUGAUUUUUCUAAGCUAGCAUGCAGUAUCCAGGUAACGGAGUGAUUUUCAACAAGGCAUCUGGUUAUAAUAGCUUGAAAUAAUGCAAGUCUAGCAUUAUAAAGCAGUUUACAUUACAAGGGCAUUGGUAAUGUUGCUAUAAACUUCAGUUGAAUUAAAUAUCUCCUGACACCAACUCCUAUAAAUAAAUGCAUUGCCUUGAACCUGGCCCCUUCAGCUGGUCUCGUUUCUAAUUCACCAUUGUUAUCAUUAGUUUGGAGCAUCGGCCAGUGCGUCUGCUAAGAAACCCACUGGCCGCUGCAGCCUUUUUUGUCCAUGGUGAGCCAAUGCUUUGACAUUGACACACAGACACACACACACACACAAGAAUGCUAACCCAGCAGAGAAGCAAGGAGGCGGUUUUCCUUUGUAGUCACUAAGGAAUGCGGAAAUGUUACUGCACAGUGUCAAACUUCUCCUAAGGGGGUCACGGCAUAGCCAGCCAGCGUGGGAAAGGGAAAAAACGGAGGAAUAAAGGAAUCGCAACCCACAUACCAGCAUUAAAAUAUUCUGGGUUAGAACUAAAAAAAAAAAAAAAAAAAAAGUUCCGUAAAGAGAAAUACAACUUGGUAGCUUAGGAGCUAAUCUAUACGCUUUGAUCUCCAAAAAUAACUUUUGCACUUGCACUGUUUUUGUUGUGUGUGUGUGUGUGUGUGUGUGGGAAGCGAAUCCCCAUUUUUGUGCUGAUCUGCCUAAAUUCCUGCUGAAGCUGUUGUUGCUGCUGCUGGAGAAUGGGGGCCCGAGAGUACUCUGCGCCUCUAACUGUGUGGCCCAGGCUGAGGACAGUAUAUGAUCAGUGAACUGUUUGCAAAGUUCCGUUUGCGAAGGAAGAGGUGCACCGGAGUGACGUUGCAUUCCACUUUGGAAUUGUCGAUUUGAAAUUAUGUCGAUCUGGUAAUUGGAAGAGGGCACAGAUACAAUCUUCGUGCGACAGUUUGUGAUUUUAAAACGGCUAUUGUAGACGUGAAAAUGCUUCACCUGCCCAACUGAUGUCUUUAUAAUAACUGCUGUUGCCCGCCUGCCUGGGACGCUGAUUCUUUCUACAACUCGUUCUAAAGAUGGAUAAAGAAAGCUCGACUCAACAGUACGAACCGGUUGCUGAGAUCGGCGAAGGAGCUUAUGGGAAGGUGUAUAAAGCACGGGAUUUGAAGAAUGGGGGUCGCUUUGUAGCCCUCAAAAGGGUCCGGGUUCAAACAGGAGAAGAGGGGAUGCCUCUCUCUACCAUCCGCGAGGUGGCAGUACUGAAACAGUUGGAGUCAUUUGAACACCCCAACGUUGUCAGGUUGUUUGAUGUAUGCACAGUGUCAAGAACAGACAGAGAGACCAAGCUGACCCUUGUGUUCGAGCACGUCGAUCAAGAUUUGACCACCUAUUUGGAAAAAGCUCCACAGCCGGGUGUGCCUCCUGAAACCAUCAAGGAUAUGAUGUUCCAGCUGCUGCAGGGUCUGGAUUUCCUUCACUCCCACCGAGUCGUUCACCGGGAUCUCAAGCCUCAGAACAUCCUCGUCACUGGCACUGGUCAGAUCAAACUAGCUGACUUCGGCUUGGCAAGAAUCUACAGCUUUCAGAUGGCACUUACCUCAGUGGUUGUCACAUUGUGGUACCGGGCCCCAGAGGUUUUACUUCAGUCCAGUUACGCGACUCCGGUGGACCUUUGGAGUGUUGGUUGCAUAUUUGCUGAAAUGUUUAGACGAAGGCCUCUUUUCCGGGGGAAUUCAGAUGUUGACCAACUGGGAAAAAUCUUUGAUGUCAUCGGUGUACCAGAAGAAGGGGACUGGCCAGAUGAUGUGUCCCUUCCAAGGAGUGCUUUUUCUCUGAGACCUUCAAAGCCCAUUGGGGAUUUUGUACCAGACAUAGAGGACCUGGGAAAAGACCUGCUGCUUCAAUUUCUGACAUUCAAUCCAACAAAGAGAAUAUCGGCGUAUAGUUCUUUAUCACAUCCAUACUUCCAGGACCUUGAGCGGUACAAUCAGAGCAUGGACUCGCACAUCUCUGCAGGCCAGACGACCACAGAGGAGAAUGCAGCAUGAACACGGCCUGUUGGAAGAUAUUAAAGCUUGAAGGAGCAUCUGGUUUGCUGGAGGUUUUAAAACUCAAACUUUGCCCUUUGGUUACUUAUUUCUUGGUACUUAAAAUAAAUUAAAAAAAGAAGAAAAAAAUAUUUGCCACAACACCAUGCUGCUUUAAGAAUAACUUCUGUAUUUUCUUGGGAUACAAGCAUUUUUCUAAAUUGUUUACCUUCUUAUGAACAAUGCAAGGAUCGUUGCAGCUCCACAUGUGUAACUGGAAGAGUGCUGGAGAUACAGAAGCUGCUCAGCACACCUACUGCCUUUCUGUCUUGAAGAUUACUGCCAAACUUCAAACACGGUCACUGCCUGUACCCUGCCAGGGCUUGUUUUUGUUUGUUUCUUUAGUUUAUUUUUUUUUUAGUCAAUGCCGCUGCUAAACCUUUUUUGAAACCUGUUCUUAGAAUGUUUAUUCUACGGUAAUG